GCGAAGCCUCUCAGAAUCCUUACCAUCUUUCUCAUCCCACUUCAUAUUAGGGUUUUCUCCUAGACCUUAUAUUAUUAACACUCAAUCUCCCAAUCCCUAGAAGUUUCAUAGCUGUUAAUUCUUCAAAAUUCGCCGCCGCCAUGGAACUCUCCAAGCGCCGCAAGACUGUUACCGCCCCACCGCAGACGAGAUCACAAUCCUGGCAGCUUUCUUCUCCCGGCAUCAGCAGCCUCGACGACAAUCUAAUCUUCGAAAUCCUAACCCGCCUCUCAAACCCCAGAUCCGUCUUACGCUGCAAAUCCGUCUGCAAGCGGUGGAAUUCCCUCAUCUCCACUCCCGACUUCCUCCCAGAUUUCCUCCGCCGCAUAGCAACUCACGGCAGCGAAGACGAAUUCCCCCUCCUCUUUCCGCAAUCCCAGCAGGAAACCAUGGGGUUCCUCCCGAUCCCAGACAAAUACCGCCCUCGGUUCCGCGUGCUGGCAUCCUGCCACGACCUGAUCCUCUGCGGGUUGACGACGCGCGACUAUGUGGAGAAUUGGUUCUACGUCUGCAACCCUUUCACGAAACAAUGGGUCAUCCUUCCGUUGGCCCCCAAUCGAGGCGAAGCGCUCCGCAGGCAGAGGAUCAUGGUGGGCUUCGUCUGCCAGCCGUGCUACAGCUACUGUGGUUUCAAAGACCAGGUACUAAUCGAUUCCCAAUUCAAGUUCAGGGUAGUUAUUUUGUGUGAAAACGGAGGCGCCAUGUUCUGUUCCGAAUCAGGAAAAUGGGUCGACGGGUUUAACCAUUUCCAGGAAGGGUAUGGGCAUUUUGCAACCUCUGAUAGCCACAUUACCUUGCCUUCCUUCAACGGGAAGGUCUACUGGAAGGACGACGAUUCACGUCAGUUAGUAGGUUUUGAUCCGUUCCACAUAGGCGGAGUAGUGGAAACCAUCGAUUUCUCCGAGUUGUAUUCACAUUCCCCACAAUUGGUAUGUCGAUUCGACAUUGGGGUUUCGAAGGGUUCUCUGCAUAUGAUUGUAGCAGAGCAGGUCGAGGGAGAUGACAGUUCCGUAGAUGGAUUGAGUGUUUGGAGACUGGAAGGUAAGAAGAAUUGGAAGCUGGAGAAUCGAAUGUCUUUGAGAUCAAUACUCGGGAGAUUCAAUUUACAAAAGAAUAACAGGGGAGGAUUGAUGAAUAGUUUGGAGGUAAAAGGGGUAUUGGGUAUGCACCCAUCUAAUCCAGAAAUCGUCUACUUAGCUUAUGGCAAUUUCGGUGCUUGCUAUGCUGUGUCCUGCAACUUCAAGAGUGAAGAGCUCGAGCUUUGUGGCACUUCGACCUUAGAAUCGAGGUUCUGUUGGAACGUCUUCCAACCGGAGGUCCCUUUCUGGCCUACCCCAGUUCCUGUUCCAACCUAUGAUCGUGUGGUGUUUUCUUAUGUUAAUGGUAGCACUGAUAGCAUUGUGGCUCAUAGCAACGUGGUUGAACCAUCAGAAUUGAAUAGCAGCCCGGGGAGACGGAUGAGCUUUUCUUGGAUGCGUAUGAUCUUCUGGAAAAUGAUUCCGAGAGUGUGAGAAGGAAGAAGUGGCUGCUUAGGAGACUUCAUUUGAAGGAGGAAGUAUCAGAUGCAGGGGAUUUGACUCGGCUGUAAUAUUGUAGAGCUUCAAGUUUGAGAACUUUUUGACUUACACUGACACUUGUAGCCGUAUAUUAUGUUGGACGUUGCAAAAAGCUCUGCUUCUUAUUUAUGGCACUGGUUAGAAUUAUCUUGUUAUGUUAAGGGAAUUGUUUAAUCGGGUUCAAUAGUAACGCUGGGAGAUAAUUAAGUUGUUAUGUUUUG